AUGCCAAGUUAUCGUUCUUUUAGUAAUUUAUCAUUUUUGGCCUUAUUCUUAGUUAUUCUUUCUAUCGUCUCAGCAGAAACUAUAAAUGUUGCUGUCGGCGGUGAUUCGUUAAUUUUUAGCCCACAAAACAUUACUGUAAAUAAAGGGGAUAUGGUCCAGUUCAAUUGGACAGGUGGCCAACACUCUAUCAUUCGAUCUGAUGGCCAGGGAAGCUGUACCCCAUCCACAUCCCUUAAAAGCGGCAAUGCUACUAUUUCCGACGCAAGAACUAGUGGCAUGGUAAUAUUUACAAUUGAUGGUUCUGAUUCAAAGAUCUGGUAUUAUUGUGGUGUAGGUAAUCACUGUAAAAUGGGUAUGUGGGGUGUGAUCACUUUAGCAGGUUCUGACAAUUCGGGUACAAAAGCAAAUACAUCUUCAACUUCAGCUAAAUCCUCUUCUACAAGACUGGGAAUAAGUGGCACUGUUAAUGGAAUUAUUCCAGAUAUUAGAGUUUCUAUAAAUUGCGAAUUGUAG